AUGCCGGGCUGGGGGGCACCCCGCAGCAGCCCCCAACGCCCACCUUGCUGGGAAGGGACCGGGACAGCCUCCAAAUCCUCCCCGGGCUUGGCGGGGACCGCGGCAUCUCCUAAUCCCUCCUCGGGUAGCAGGGGGGCCGCGGCAGCCCCGUCCAGCCCCCAGGAGCCGGCAGCGGCGGGGGCUCGGUGGGUUCGGUGCCGAUCCCGGCUCAGCCCAGCCCGGCUCAGCUCCCCCCGACGGCCGCCGCCCGCGGCGCUCCCCAGCCCAUCGCGCAGCGCCGGGCAGCUCCAACCUGUCCCCUUCUCUUCUUCCUCCUCCUCCUUCUCCUCCUCCUCGCUCUCCACCCCUUCCACCCCCCCGGCCCGAUUUGGGCAGCGGCGCGCCCGGCGCUGCCGGCAGAGCCGCCGUGUGCGGGCGCGGCGCCGGAGGCAGCUCGGCCCCGGGGGGGCUGCGGCGAGGCAGGAGCGACCCCCCCGAGCCCCCGGCCCGGCCGCCUGCCCCUCCGCCUGCUACUGCGUGGCCACCCCGGAGCUGGUGCAGUGCCGCUACGAGAGGCUGGAGGAGCCCCCGAGGGAGCUGCCGGCCGCCGUCCAGAACCUCAGCAUCGCCGGCAGCAACCUGAGCGUCCUGUCCCGCGCCGCCUUCGCCGCCCGCCCGCUGCGCGACCUCCGCCUGCUCCGCCUGCGCCACGACAACAUCCACACCAUCGAGGACAUGGCCCUGCAGGGCCUGCCCGCCCUGCGCACCCUCGACCUGAGCCACAACCCGCUGCUCUCGGUGGCCGCCGGCGCCUUCGCCGGGGUGCCGCUGCUGCGCACGCUGCAGCUGAACCAGGCGCUGCUGGCGGCCCCGCUCGAGGAGCAGCUCGCCCUGGCCAUGCGCAACCUCAGCCUGCGGCGCCUGGAGCUGGCGGGCAACGCGCUGCAGGCGCUGCCGGCCGCCCUGCUGCCGCCCGGCCUGGAGGAGCUGGACCUGCGCAACAACUCGCUGCAGCGGCUGGCGGCCGCCGAGCUGCGCAGCCUGGACGCGCCGGAGCUGCGGGGGCUGCGCCUCAGCCUGGGCUCCAACCCGCUGAGCUGCGACUGCGGCCUGCGGCCCUUCCUGGCCUGGCUGCGCGCCGCCGCCGCCCGCGUGCUCGACGCGCGGAGCCUGCGCUGCGCGGGGCCGCCGGGGCUGCGCGGCACCGUGCUGCUCCGCCUGCGGCCCGAGGCGCUGGCCUGCGCCCGCGGCGACGGCGGCGAGCCCGGCGAGCUGGAGACCGCCUCCUACGUCUUCUUCGGCAUCGUCCUGGCGCUCAUCGGCGUCGUCUUCCUCAUGGUGCUCUACCUGAACCGCCGCGGCAUCAAGCGCUGGCUGCACAACCUGCGCGAGGCCUGCCGCGACCAGAUGGAGGGCUACCACUACCGCUACGAGCAGGACGCCGACCCGCGCUGCGCCGGCACCCCCGGCCUCUGACGGCGCCCCCGGCACCCGGCCCGGCCCCUGCGGCCUCGGCCCCUCGACGCCUCCGCGCCCGGCCCCGGCCCGUCCGUCCCCUUGCCGCGGCACCGCCGAAAAUCGGUCUGUGAGGACGAGCCGGC